CGCAAUUAGUCGAACACAGUCUUUUCAUUCAUGUUCUUUCCCAUUUCCCACAACAGCUGCUCUAAGUCAAAAGUUAGAAAGGCGGCAAGCUCCUGCGACGCGCGAGCACGCUAACGGCUCUCUCUCGUUUUCUCGAUCAUCUCUCCGUCGCCGAUCGACUUCUCCGUUCCGACGCGUUUUCCGAUUUGGGUUUCGUCGCUCUCAUUCUUUUUUACUCUGUUGUUCGGGAAAUUAGGGUUUCCGAAAACCCUAGCUUCGUCAGUUCUCGCUCUCUCCAACGUUACUUGUGUUUUCCCCUUUCUGGAAUCCAUCGAAUAUGGCGGCGGAAACAGCUUCCGCCGCCGCCCCCUUGUUGUCUCUGCCGGUGGGCUAUCACUUUAGCCCAAGCGACGAAGAGCUCGUGGAGUAUUACCUGAAGAGGAAAGCUAGAGGAGAGAGUUUCCCGUACAAUGUGAUUCCCGACUGCGAUCUCUACGGCGACAAGGCUCCGUGGGAGAUGUUUCCCCAGGAUGCCGGAACAGGGAGAGAUAGGUUUUUCGUCUUCACCAAGCUGAAGAGGCUGAGUAAGAGAAGGGUUUCGCGGACAGCCUCUAUUGGAGAAUGGCAUGGUAACACUUCUGGUGAAAUUUUUGAUGGGAAGAAGAACAAUGUGAUUGGCACUAGGAGACAGUUCGUUUUCAAGGUGAAGAAAGGGAAACAAGGGAGUGCCUCGGGAGCUCCUGUGGGGCAUUGGAUAAUGCAUGAGUAUUCACUUGCUGGGAUUGAUUCUGAUGUUGUGUUGUGUGAAAUAGAAAAUAAGGAGAAGAAGAGGUUGAGAAGUGAUUAUGAAAGGGUGUUUUGUGAGACUGUAAACAAGGGAAGUAAAAGGCUGAGGAUGGAUGAAGAUGGUGCUUUCUUGACUGCCACGGAUGAUGGUGUAUCGUCAUUGGCAGAUAUGGAGUCCGAGUUAAAUAAAUAUUUGUUCACCGACCCGGAAGAUGCUGCUGUGUCAUCGUCGUCAUCAUUUUUGGAAAUGGUUACAGAGUUGGCUAGUGACUUUCCUUUCUUGUCCGCUGUUGGACACUCUACCGAACAGAUGGCAACAGUGAAUGGUGGAUUGAGUUGUGGAGAUUCUUGUGAUAUUCUUGCUGUAUCAACAAAUUAUGCUGAGGAGGAGACCGUGUCGUCCCUUCAAAGUUCAAUCGACAAUCCCAUGACUUCCUCGUCAUCAUCAUUGAUUCCAGUAGUUUUAGCUUCUGAUUUGGAUCUGUCUCAAGAUGAUUGUUGGGGAGAUGAUGAACUUGGAUUCCUUACACGCUAUGGAGCAUCAGAGUUUACUGAUCUUCCAAUCUUUGACUUGGAUGAUAACUUGUGCAACCAACUUGAUUUUGACACUAGUGCUGGACUUGCCAUGACUGGUUUGUGGAGUCACAUUUGGUGUUUGGUCAUCUUGCUAAUGCAAUUCCUCGAGCCGUGGGCAAGGCAGCCUCGAUUGGUAAAAGCUGAUUGCUAGGCCCCAUACUCUGAGGCGGUAAGAAAGGGAUGGUACUUUCUCUGGAGGAACUCAUUGGAUUAGAUCUUUCCAUCUUUAUUUGUGGGUUAUCUAUCUAUCACAAAAGAAACUGAUGGUUUUAUCGAGUAUGCAGCUUAUGAAGGGUAGCAUGAUGGACAACAACCACCACAUUGCCUUGCUAAGCUUGGCAGAAAGGAUAACCAAAACAACGGAUUUGAAUGAUUCAUGAUCGGUUUGAAGUGUUCUUGAUUGAGGCCCUGCUGCUUCAUAUUAUAACUCUGUCCAUUGUCAACAAAUUCAUCUGUUGCAAUUAUAUGCAAUUUGGCUAUUUGCUCGAUAGCCAAUUUGCACUCUGUUAAUGCUUUCUCUCCUUUAUUUAUGAAUGGACCGUUCUAAUGUCUAUUUUAACCUAAUAUUGCAGGCAAUAAUAUAUUGCUGGGCUGUGUCCUGGAGAGUGCUAUCAUAGGAGUUCCAGUUCUUCUUCGUCUAGCAGCAAAUUAGGAAGCCUGGUCUAGUAAGUGAGUUACGGCGAGAAAGGAGUCGGAGUCUUAAGGCUAACCAGGAGCUGUCUCUCAUUCGGAGUUCAAGCUACAAUGAGUGGUGGAGGCCUCUCUAGAGAGUUUUCUAGUGGAAGCAGCAGCAGCAGCUAUGGUUUUGAUCAGUCUGAUACCUGUAGCUGUGUGGUAGUGAUAGAAUUUUUGUAUACUGGUAAACACAGUGGACGAGUCAUUGUCAUUGUAGCUGCAACUCGCUGCUCUUUGUUCUCAGCAUCCUGCUGGGUUUUUGGUACUAGUUUGGGAUGCUUCUUUUGAUGCAACCAUGUGAUCUAGUCACCUAUUUGGUGGCUUUUCUGAAUAUAUAAUAAAUAUAUAAGUAGAUUUGAG